GGCGUCGUGAUCAGCAAGGUUUGGUUUCGCGGGUGUGUCAUCGUGUUUCUCGUCGGUUCCUUCCAGAGGAGAUCGUAGCUAGUCGAGAGGAUACACUUACCGCGGUAGUCAUCGUUCCAGCAUCAUGGCCACAAAGGCUGCCGAGCUCCAGAUUCCGUCGGUCGUGCCGCACAGCACCGCGACGACCUUAGCGUCAUCCCCCGGCCACAACAAGAACAAGGUGGCGGCAGUCGACUCCAACGUGUCCAUGUCCACGAUGCUGCCGUCGUUGAGUCUCGGUGACAAGUCCAACUUUUCCCUCGACGACAUUGCGCUGCACUUUUUGAGCUUGUACUUUAUCAAGUUGUCCACCAACAAAGUGCUCACGCACGUCGAAGACGCGUUUACCGCGCAUUAUGUGCAGAUCCAACGCAUCAACCACAUGCGCGGCAUGAUAGCCACGAUCCUCUUCUUCGCUAUGGUCAUCCCGUACGACUACCAAGCGUUGUACACGCGGUCGACUGGCGGCACCACCACCUCCAACGGCACCACCACGACCAACUUGGAGCUGUGCCGGAUCGCUGUGUUCGGGUCAGGCGGCGGCGUGCUCGCGUUCAAGGUGACCAUGCUGCUCCGGUUUGCGCUGGUCGUGCCGCUGCUGUGUGUUAACAUUUGGUGUGUCCACCAUGCGUCGACCAAAACGUACCUGCGGGUGACGUACGUGUCGCACUUUUUUCUCGGCCUGUACUUCCUCGUGUACAACAAGGUCACGUGCGACUUUGGCGUGACGUGGCUGUGCCUCGUGGUCAUGUACUUUUACUCGUGCACGCCGCUGCGGUUCCUGCACAUCAUGGGGUCGUCCGCGGCGCUGCUCCUGAUCUACCCCGUCAUCAUCUUCCCCGAGUGCCCAAACGAAUACACGCAAACGAUCAUUCGAGAGUACCUGUACGCGUGGGGGUUUUUCGUGCUCAUUUCGUUCCCCAGCCAGUCGCGAGAGUUUGCCAUUCGAGUCAGUUAUAUGAGCGAAACGCUGCUCUUGUCACAGCAGCGCCAGCUCGAACAAGAGGAGACACGGUCCAAGCUGCUGCUCGGCAGCAUGUUGCCCGCUUCCGUGAUCGCCCAACUCCAAUCCGGCCGCGAGCUCAUUGCCGACGCGUACCCAGCCGUGACCGUGCUGUUCUGCGAGGUGUGCCAUUUCGACGACAUUUCCGGCCAGCUCGCGCCGGCCCAGGUCGUCGAGCUUCUCAACACGAUCUUUUCCAAGUUUGACCUGCUUGUGGACUCGCAUUCGGUACACAAGAUCGAGACCAUCGGCGCCGUGUACAUGGUCGCGGGGGGGUGCCCCGACCGCACGAUCAACCACACCAAGCUCGUGGCCAACCUGGCGCUGGAAAUGGUCGCAUCGAUGCCCGAAGUGCGCGCCAAGAUUCGCAAAACGUUCAAGUGGGCCGCCAACAUGCACGAAAUCCACAUCCGCAUCGGCAUCAACUCGGGGUCACUCAUGGCGGGCGUCGUGGGUAUCCGGAACCCCCGGUUCAAGCUGUUUGGGGACACGGUCAACGUGGCGUCGCGUAUGGAGAGCACCAACUUGCCAGGGCACAUUCAAAUGACCGAGUGGACGGCGAAUGCGCUCAAGGACGACUACGUGAUGGAACUGCGCGGCACGAUCACCGUCAAGGGCCGCGGGGACAUGCUCACAUACUUUUUACAAAACCGCAAGGACGGUACGGCGGUGAUCAUGGCGCCGAUUCUGGUGCCAACGUCGCCUCCUUCAUCGAUCGUGGCAGUGCCGGCGGCGCUACCCCCGCCCAAGCCCGUCCAGCGCAUGAGUAUGGUGCGGGCGUCGGUCGUCCACGAGGUCAUGCCGUCUCCAGACGCAGAAGCAAGGAAUGCCAUCAUGAAGUUGAUUCCAACGUCAGACGCAUCCCUCAAGCUGCGGUCGGCCACGCGUAGGCACAACAUGUCGUCGAUUCCCAGGGUGGGCAGCGUACACGAGGAAGGCGAGCUUGGCGACGGCGAUCUGUUGAACAUACAGGACGAAGUGGAUAUGUCGGCGGCAGAGGUGGUGCCGCUACCGUCGGCGCUCAUGGGGCUCCCCGAAGGACUGACGAAGCGGAACCUGUGCUUGUCCAUCCACGCCAACUCGUCGUUCGAAAAACUGUACCGGGCCGAGAACGAAAAGGGCGGGCUUCGCUUCCUCCGGUACUCCAUCUUCCUCGGCGGCGCCAUGAAGGUGCUGGUCAUGACCAUGUACCAAACGCUGUCGCUGCUCCAAGCCCGGGCGUUCGACGACUCGCAGUUUCUGUUCUUCAUCAACAUUUGCAUCACGUUUCCCACGCUCGUGCUGUCGCUCCUGUUUACGUUCACACCAGGGUACACCAGGUACCGCCAGAUUGCCACGUUGACCAUGGUGCUGUUCAUGUCGGUGAUUCUAAACGUCGAAGCCGUCGCCACCGCUGGCAAAGGGCACAUCUACUACAGCGUGUUUGCCAUGUAUCAGUGCCACUUCAGCAUUUUGUCGUUUUCGCUGCGGUUGUUCGUGGGGCUGUUCAUCUUUGCCAUGUACUUGGUCACGUUUAUGAUCAUCGAGGACCCUCCCCACCUGUUCAUUCCGGUCGUGGACGCGCAAGGGAAGGCGUCGACUUACUGGGACUCGAACGGUAUUGGGUACCUGCGGAAUGCGCUGUACAUUUUUGUCUUCUUGGGCGCGCAGACGUGGGUCGUGUUCAAUAUGGAGUACAAGCAGCGCAUCAACCACUUUCGGGACCUGGUCCUGAAUGCGCAGCAGCAAAAGCUGCUCGAAGAGCAAGACCGCGUGUCCAAGUUGCUUCUCAACUUACUCCCCGAAACGAUCGUCAUGCAGCUCAAAACGUCGCCAGAGCAAACGAUUGCCGAGAAUUUCGACAACGUGACCAUCUUGUUUACCGACAUGGUCAACUUUACGUCAUACUCGUCCCGCGUGACGGCCAUGGAGUUGGUGCAAUUCCUCAACGACAUGUACACCCGGUUCGACACGAUCACGGAGAAGCGGGGAUUGUACAAGGUGGAGAUCAUCGGCGACGCAUACUUUGUCGUGGGGGGGUGUCCGCUCGUGACCAACGUCGACGCGUUGGCCAUCUUGCAAGCCGGUACAAUCCGUCAGCAAAACAAGUUGCUAUACAACGUCGUCGUCGGGUUGUGUGUGUGUGUAGGCAUGGACAUGCUGGCGACGCUGCCGAUGCUGCGGCGGAAUUCGGGCAACCCCAACUUGAACAUUCGCAUUGGCGUGCACUCGGGGCCAGUCGUCGCCGGCGUCGUGGGGAUCAAGGAUCCGCGGUGACGAUUGUAGAUAGUAUUACUAGUAGUAUUCACAGUGUCGUAGAUACCAUUUGUUUGGGGAUACAGUGGCAAUCGCCCAGCACUUGGAAAGCACGGGGGCGCCAGGGCGGAUCCACUUGAGCGAGUCGACGUAUUCCCGCAUCAAGAACACGGACCCGAACGCGUUCAAGUUUGAGUAUCACAAAAUGCUCACGUUGUCUGGCCACCAUUCCAAGAUUCGAACGUACUUUGUCACGAGUACUACGACGUAGUAUUUAGUAGCUAGUCAGCCACCCAGUCCUAUUUAUGUACUUAUGAAAACAACCCUUCCAUGGCGGUGUUGUCAAGAGUUGGGGGCAGUC